CGCAAUGCAGACGUUCCCUUCUCGUGCGAUUUUCGUGGCUGACGACCGUUUGCCACGCUUCCGAAUACAUAAUUGUUUAUAGCGAUCGAGUUCAUUAAAUUGAGAUUACAUUUUUUUUACUCGCAGCGAAAUGACUAAUGGUAAUUUUAUACGCAGUUAGGCCAGCAGUUAAAUUGUUACGUUGUUGCAUUUAUAUUUCUCGCUGGGUUUCGAUAGUUUUCAUCUAAUGAUAAAUAGGUUUUCUUGCGGUUGACAUGUUGCCAAAUAACACGCUAAUCAACGGGAAUCCUGCGUCUCGCGUUCUUCCCAAACAGACUUGUGUGCCCUUCGCAUUAUGAGUCAAAGUGUAAAGCGACUCGCUUCCCUCGACCAAUGUUGCAAGAGCACGCUUCUGUCAAGAGCCGGUUGCUCAUCGAUAAACUGUGGAGAUCGUUAGAGAGAUCGUUCAAAGAUGGACCAGAUCAUUGACAUAGAUGACGUUGAGACUGGGAUGCGCUCUUCCAAGAGUUCGACGAUACCCUUCGGCUGCAUCAGCUCAAACUCGAUAUGCUACGUCGCGAUCACGAUCGCGACUCUGGCCUUCCUCGGCACAAUCGUCUUCAUCUGCAGGGACUACAUCAAGUUGCUCCUUUACUGGAUCGAGCAUCAGAACGCCUGGAUCAUCGCCGUCAUCUUCAUAGGCCUGUUCACGGUGGUGUCGUUCCCGAUCGUAAUCGGUUAUCUGUUCCUCAUCGUCGCCAGCGGCUACCUGUUCGGCGUGGUGCGCGGCAUGGCGAUCGUCAUACUCUCCGCCAAUCUCGGCAUAGCGAUCGCCCACGUUACCCUGGGUCUUCUGUCCACCAGGCUGCCCAUAGGCGCCCUCCUGCAAAGCGACACGGCGAGAGCGAUACUCCGCGUCAUAUCCGGCCCCCAGGCUUUCAAGAUCGUGCUGUUCGCGCGGCUCACUCCGAUCCCGUUUGGCCUUCAGAACACUAUUUUUGCAGUCAGUAACAUAGGUGGUUUUCAUUACCACGUAGCCAGCGCGAUAGGUUUGCUGCCCGCCCAAUUGGUCAACGUUUACCUAGGCAGCAGUCUGAGAUCGAUGCAGGACGUGCUGGAGGAUAGAUCCACAGCGGCUACCGGCUACGUAGUGUUUUGCUUCCAGAUAUUAGUGGGAGUCUCGCUGAUGGUUUAUAUUGUACAGAAAGCGCGCAAGGAGCUUCAGUUGACGUUAUUCGAGGCCGACCUCGCAUCCAUGACGAAUUCCCCUCACUACAUUCUCGAUGGUCUACCAGACUCCAAAAUAAUUUUAACCAAUCUUAUUGCGUAAAUCUUCUUCUCUUUUUUUUACUGAGUAUUACGAGCAUUUUGACAGUUCGCAACUUUGCGAGCAACAGCCGACUUCUUUUGUCCAUGCUUAUUAUAUUUAUAUAUUAUUUUCUCUGUGUAUCUUCCAGAAAUGUAUUUCACUAAGACUUAUCGAUGGUGCUUUUGGAAAUUUAGGCUUUCGAAUACGACGUUAUACACGAACCCGUUGUCACAGAGUUAACGUGUAUCUAAGUCUUACCAAAGCUAACGUGAUUUUAGUACCAAACUAAGCUCAUAGAGCAUGUGAUGCAUGCAUGUAUAUUUUGGUAAAGAGAAAUGGAUAGAACAUGGAGAUGGCACGGAACUGCAAAUCCAAUGUAUAAAGCUUCCUUGCAAUAAGAGCACACUAUAAUUUAUACAUUGCUCAUGUAUAUGUAUAUAUAUAUAUUGUAUACACAUCUAAGAUUAAUGAUAGAGACUGAAACUUUACAUUUAUACCUUUUGCAACGUUAUCGAUCAAUUAUUGGACUCUCAGUUUUUUUUGUAGUCCGAAAUCUAUUGUUAGUGUGUGCUUGUCCAUUGUUUUUCUUGUGCAAUAUAUAUAUACAUAUAUAUUGUACAUUAUUAUAUUAUGUUGUAAAGAGAUUAUACACAAUUAUAUCUGUACGAUAUAAUCCUGCAAGGAGAAUGCACCCCAGUGAUAGGAAGAAAAGAAACAAAUGUAAUAAAUUUAUCAUUCUUGAACCGAA